GCCUCCUCCGCCACCGCCAGCAUUAACCAGCAGCUCACACACACGCGCCGCGGCCGCUCCGGGAGGUCCCCACGCACCCGCGCGGAGUGAGAGAGCCGCACGCCGGACAUGCAGCGCCUCGCCUCCUCCCGGAGGCUCCUCCGGGCCGCGCUCGCCCCCGCCGCCCGGGCCAACUCCAGCCUCUCCGCGGCCGCCGUCGCCGCUCCCGCGCCGGAGAAUGGCGCCGCCUUGCCGAGGAUGCCGGCCUUCGACUACACACCGCCGCCCUACGACGGGCCGCGGGCCGAGGAGAUCUUCCGGAAGCGGGCCCAGUUCCUCAGCCCGUCCCUCUUCCACUUCUACGACCGCCCUUUGAACAUAGUUGAUGGAAAGAUGCAGUACCUAUUUGACGAGGAUGGCCGUCGUUACCUGGAUGCUUUUGGUGGCAUUGCAACAGUUUGUUGUGGGCACUGCCAUCCUGAUGUGGUUGAAGCCAUAGUAAACCAGGCAAAGAGGAUCCAACACUCCACAGUUCUGUAUCUCAAUCAUGCCAUUGCAGAUUUUGCAGAGGCACUGGCAUCCAAAAUGCCCGGUGAUCUGAAGGUAGUUUUCUUCACAAAUUCAGGAACAGAGGCUAAUGAGCUUGCAUUGAUGAUUGCACGGCUUUACACUGGUUCCAAUGACAUUAUCUCGCUUAGGAAUGGAUACCACGGGAAUGCUGCUGGAACAAUGGGUGCUACCGCUCAAUCCAAUUGGAAAUUCAAUGUUGUACAGACGGGAGUACACCAUGCGCUUAACCCAGACCCCUACAGGGGCGCUUUUGGCUCUGAUGGGGAGAAAUAUGCCAGAGAUGUUCAGGAAAUCAUUGAAUUUGGGACUUCAGGGAGAGUCGCUGGUUUCAUUUCAGAAGCCAUACAGGGAGUUGGUGGAAUAGUGGAACUGGCACCAGGAUACUUGCCAGCGGCAUACAAUAUCGUAAGGAAAGCGGGUGGUCUCUGCAUUGCUGACGAAGUUCAGGCAGGUGUCGCACGAACUGGAAGCCACUUCUGGGGAUUUGAAGGCCACGGUGUCAUCCCAGACAUAGUUACCAUGGCCAAGGGUAUCGGAAAUGGCAUACCGAUAGGAGCUGUUGUGACAACGCCGGAGAUUGCUCAGGUGUUGACCCGUAGAAGCUACUUCAAUACCUUCGGCGGUAACCCUGUCAGCACUGCGGGUGGGCACGCUGUUCUCAAAGUGCUGGAGAAGGAGAAGCUCCAGGAGAACGCGUUUGUUGUAGGCUCCUAUCUGAAGGAGCGGCUUAACAAGCUGAAAGAGAAGCAUGACAUUAUUGGUGAUGUUAGGGGGAAAGGCUUCCUACUUGGAGCUGAGCUGGUGACAGACCGUGAAAAGAAAACCCCAGCCAAAGCUGAGAUCUCACAUGUCAUGAACCAUAUGAAAGAUAUGGGGGUGCUCGUCGGGAAGGGUGGUUUCUACGGCAACGUGUUCAGGAUAACACCGCCGUUGUGUUUCACCAAAGAGGACUCCGACUUCUUCAUUGACGUGAUGGACGUUGCACUCUCGAAGCUGUGAGGCAGACAGCGCGAAGAUAUACCAUUGCAUAAAUAAGAGACGAUUUGUGAGACAGCACCUCGUUGUCUCGUAAUCUGUCUCGUGUGGGGGUUUCGCCCCGCCUGCUGUUCCUUUUUAUCUAGCUUGUAGUUCUGAAUAGCAACUCCCUUGUUUGAGACCAAUAAUUUAGUUCUUUUCAGAUGUUAUGUACUUAUGUAAGCCCUGCAUUUCUGUUAUCUAGAAACGGAGAUACAGCUUGAUACAUGCAGUACCCACAUGGGAAUGGAGA